AUGAUUGAUGAUUUCAUAAUUUUCUUUCAGCCUUUCGAAUGUGAACUUCAGGUUGACACGAGCAGUGAGAAGAAACAGGAUUGGUCAUUUACGUUGUACGACUUUGAUGGGAAAGGAAAAAUUACAAAAGAGGAACUUGGAAAUCUUUUCCAAGCUCUCUACGAUGCAGUUGGUUCUUCUAUUCGAUUACCUUUAAAUGGAACCAAAAAGCUGAAAUUACGCUUAUCUAUUGGACAUGACCAUAGUCACUUGGACACAACCCUGAAAGACCAAAGUCCACCCCUGGUUAAGAAGAAAGCCAAAUUAAAGAACAGCAGCAGAUUGACAGAAUGGAAAGAGAUGAGCCUACAAGCCGGUGCUGGUGGGAGCACCAGAGUUGCAAUGGCUGACCCGAAAGAAUGUACCAAACUUAACAACCUUGAUGCAUCACCGAGAGCAAAACCCAGCACUAUGUCAAAGAUGGAGAAUCAGUUGACAGCAACGACUCCUGGCAUUGGGCACCGGCUGAUGUUAAGUUGCAGGGAACAAAGAAAACUGACAGAAAUGGUUCAUGAGAAUAUGGUCCGGAACCAUGUUCGACAACAGACCGGAAGAAAACAUCACCAUUCUGGUCACAGACACCACCACCACCACCGUGAGGCCCGAAGACAUCGUGGCACUCGAAGACAAGGAGAUGAGAAUCGGAAACCACGAGAGAAAGAACGCACUUACUACUUGGACCUUGGUAACAUUGAGAGAUCUGCUCCUCCCAACGGGGUCAGUUUGCCUUACAGUGCAGGAAUUCCGACUCCUACCAGCACUACCACAGCCACUGUAACGACAUCAGUCAUGACUUUCGCCAGGCCCACCAUUAUCAACAUAGUCCCAUCUUCAUCAUCGCCGCCGCCUCCUCCUCCGCCACCCCCAACUGCCUCUGGAAGCACUGCUCACUGCAAUGAAAUAGGCAUGGUGGCUGACAAUGACAACAAUGAUAGCAGCGACGAUGUCUUAAGAUUGGAGGUGGGCGGAAAGGUAAAUCGUCGCAAAUAUGACAACACAUGGCGUGAAACUGGUUGGCAGCUGAACACCGAAAACGUACCUGAUUUACAACAGCGCAACACGAAUGCAUCAGCUGAUGGUCGGGAAACCACUGCUGGUAGUAGCACACUGACUUCCGCGGUCACCAUCUCUACUGCAACUGCCACGACCACCACAACUGCCAGUUCUCAAUGCGACAAGAAGACUAGUGACCGGUCGGGUAAGAGGACCGGCGAGGAACGACACAAGAAACACAGUGAGAGUUACCAUCACACACACAUUGGUCGGACGCUGUCUCAGGAGCGCAGUGGACAGGCAGUUACGACACCAGUGUCUUCAUCGGUAUCUGCUGUGAUGUCAAAGAUGACAGCCCCUGGCGGGAUUCCAGGGGCAUUGGCAGAAAGAAAGUCUCUCCGGACACACUACAAAACAGAUGCCUCACACCAGCAGACCUCCAGUCGACAUAGAGCACACUGCCAAAACACCCUUGUGCCUGAGAAAAACGCUGGUACCCCACCAUUGGCUGUACUUCCUUCUUCUGUCUCCCCCUCACCCCCCACUCCUAACAUUGCUGUUGCUACGACGACAAACGGAACCAGACCAGUCGGAAUAUGGAAUUCAAUGAGGCAAUGCAACAAGUGGCUGACUGGAUUAAUCGAGAGCAUAACCACCAGCAGAAGGGUCAGGCACACUCGCACCAAGGAAGUGUAA